AUUUAUGUGUAAGGACGAGAUAUUAGACACGUUUUAGUGUGAUACAAAAAUUUUCAUAAUAAAAACAAAAAAUAUUUUUAAUGCUGGAACUCGCAACAUGUUUAUUACUAGCAGUGCUUUACGUGGCCAGUCUGUACAUAUGGAGCUCGGAAUAUAACAGAGACCAUCCAUCAACUAUCAAAAAGCGAUUCGUCAGUGUAUCUGUGAUAAUGUUAAUCGCUCCAAUAUUUGUCUACUUUCAUUUUCGAGAGGAAAUUUCAACAGGAAGGACGACAUUGUCACAAUUACUUGGCAUGCGACUCGAAAAGAUAGGAUUAGCGUUCAUUCUGCCUCUGCUGCUGACAGUUUGUCUCUUCCUCGGACCACUCAGUGUCCAAAUUUGGAAUGGUGUAUGGCGAUUGUACAUUGAGCCCGCAUAUUGGAUCAAUAGUUUUAGAGAUUUAAUAUGGAUUCGAAACCAUAUUGUUGCUCCUCUAUCGGAAGAGUUUACUUAUCGAGCAUGCAUGAUGCCAAUACUGUUACUAAAAUUUAGUACCUCAACUGUCAUAAUGAUAACACCAUUAUUCUUUGGCGUAGCACAUUUACAUCACAUGGUCGAACGCAUUCGUAGUGGCAUCGAUAAACGAACAGCUAUAACAAUUUCGUGCUUCCAGUUUGUCUAUACAACUAUUUUUGGCAUUUACUCAGCGUUCCUUUUUGUCCGUACCGGACAUUUUAUGGCACCUUUUAUUGUGCACGCAUUUUGUAAUCAUAUGGGAUUUCCAGAUAUUAAUGACCUAGUAUCGCAACCUAAUCCGCAGCGUAAGAUAUUUUAUGGAUUGUACAUCAUAGGAUUAAUCACAUUUUUAACACUUGCACCAAUUUUGUCAAAUCCAAAUUUGUAUGCGCACAAUCUUUACGAUUCUUACUUCUGAUACUUACUUUGCAUUCAUUUAACAAAAUAAAGGUAGUUAGGUACAACGUUUCAAAUUUAUGAUAAGUAGAAUAAAUACAUAGUUGUUGAAAUUUUAAAAACAUUAUUUUAGCCAAAAUAUAAUUCAAAUCAUAUCGUACUCACACUAAUUCAAGUUCUAAGUCAUUAAUUCAAAAAAAA